UAUCGAUACUCGGAAGUUUCAGAAAUCUAGAUCCUAGAUCCUAUGUUGGAAUUUUCUCGAAAGCCGGGAAAAGAGUUGUGACAACGGAACGCAUUGCGCAUUGACAUUCACAUUCGUAUCGAGGUCUUCCUGCGAAAAUUAUCGUAACAAACAAGUCAAACGUUAAAUAUUCUUGAAAUGUCACAGGAGACAGAUCUGUUGCAUUGCUAUCAUCGUGGCUGUGGGAAGAAAUUUGAUCCGAACAACAAUAAGGAUGACGAUUGUGUUCAUCAUCCGGGACAACCAGUAUUUCAUGACGCAUAUAAAGGAUGGUCCUGUUGUAACAAAAAAUGUACAGAUUUUACCGAGUUCUUGAACAUCAAGGGUUGCACGAAGUCAAAGCAUUCGAACGUGAAGCCAUCGGAACCGAAGAAACUUCCGGUUGACAAGUGUAAUGUCGACGAAGUAAUACAGGUCACUGCAAAGCCUUUAAGUAAUGAAACGUUCUUAAAAAGACCUCCUUUCGACGCACCUCAAGUCACGUUAUCGCCAACGAUAUCUCCUGCUCUCCUAGAACAAAUUAAAGGAUUGACAGCUUUAAAAAAUGACAAAUCAAGAGACAGUGUAGUACAAAUAGGACAAACUUGUAAAAACAAUGCUUGUAAAGGAAUUUUCACAGGACCUGCUUCUAAUGAAGAGAUUUGCAAUUAUCAUCCUGGUUCACCUAUUUUUCAUGAAGGCAUGAAAUAUUGGUCUUGUUGUCAGAAGAAGACAACAGAGUUUUCUUCAUUUUUGGAACAGCUAGGUUGUUCACAAGGCAAUCAUGUAUGGUUUUCUACGGAUAUGGGAAAGAAGGCUCAGUGUAGGAUGGACUGGCAUCAAGCUGGAUCAUUUAUAGUCGUUUCUAUAUUUGCAAAGAAAUACCUGCCCAGUCAAUCUGUUGUCAAAUUAAAUCCUAUCCAUCUGACUGUAGAUUUAUUCUUUAUAGAAGAAAAUUCGAGAUAUAAUCUUGAUAUAGAAUUAACAGGAAUUGUUAAUGUCGAAGAAAGUAACGUAAAUAUGCUGCCAACCAAAGUAGAAAUUAAAUUAAAGAAGGCUGAACCUGGUUCUUGGACAAAGUUAGAUGUUCCUAGAAAAACAAAUCCAAAAAGUUCUGAAAAUAAUGAAAGCGUUUUAAAUCUCAAUACACAAAUCGAAGCUGUGGAUCUUAGUGAUCUUUAAAUGUUAAUUAAUUAUUUAAUUGUUAAAGAAUGUAUGGUAGAACCGACAUAAUUUACUUUUUUGUAAUGAUUUACUCGAGUUAGAUUUUAUUCAAAAGAUAUGAAGUUGUGUUGACCAUUUUAGUUAUAAAACUUUAAUGCCAUGUUAAAAACAUGGAAAAUUUCAAUUUUCUUUUUUU